AUGUUAAAUUUAAUAAUAUAAAGUUUCUUUUAACAUAAAUUUUAAUGGGAACAAAGAUGAUAUAAUAAUAAGCAAAAUAUAUUGAUCUAUAUGUAUUUAUUAGUUUGUUUUCAAACUUGUAGUGGGGACAAGUGCCGCCCCUCCUUCUCAACUAUGUCCGUUCCUGGUUAUAACAAUAUACCAAAAUAAGAUUAUAUAAAAACAACUUUAAGAAUGAAAACUAAAAUAGUUAUCUCUUUAAACAAAACCCAUCACAAACAUAUAUCUGAUUAAGUUUAUUUUCCGAGGAAUUGGCACUGACUAAGCUAACUCCAAGCUGUCCCAAAACCAAUGCUCCUCAAGAUGCAAGGAAUUAACCAAUUAAUCAAAGAGAUUCUCAAUUUUAUAACAGGUGCAUUGCAUUGCAUGUAUUUAACUGUUAAGAUGAUAUACCUUGGGUUGUUAGAUUAGUAUCGAAUUGUUAAACUUUAAGAUGGUUACAUUAACAUUGAAACGGUCAAAGGUGGCGAGAAUAUGCAAACUAAAUAACCCUCCCUACUAAAAAUAGAAUAACCAAGAAUGUUUAAAAGCUUUCUAAUGUUGAGCAGUGAAUUUAUCAUAAAAUCUUAAUUGAUUCCCUUGUUUUCGUGCUACAAAAACGGGCAAUGUUUUAGCCAAUUUGAGAGACGUUGUAAGAAGAACAAAAGAGAGUUAGAAACAAAUAUCUUUCUUUCUUUCUUCCUCUAAACAAGAAGAUUUUCUUACUUUACAAUUGCUUUGGAUCUCUAAUUCUCUCUUAAGCAGUUGUGGUUAAUCAUUGUACUCUGGUGCUUCCAAGAAGGAAGCAGGAAUUGUGAACAUAUUGAAGAUUAUAUCAGUGGAGCAAAAUCAGCAGAUACAAUAAGAAGGCUUAGAAGAUAGAAAGAGAAUAGCAUGGCUCCAAGCUCAUUCAGAAAAGCCAUUGGGGCAGUGAAGGAUACAACAAGCAUAGGCCUAGCCAAAGUUGGAAGCAGCACCUCGCUUGCCGACCUUGACGUGGCAAUCGUGAAGGCGACGAGGCACAACGAAUACCCGGCCGAAGAGAAGUACCUUAGGGAGAUCCUGAGCUUAACAUGUUACUCUCGCGUAUUCAUCAGUGCUUGUGUGAAUACCAUCUCAAGACGUCUGAGCAAGACUAGAAGUUGGACGGUGGCUUUGAAAAGUCUUGUGUUGAUUCAAAGGCUGCUAGCAGAGGGUGAUCCUGCCUAUGAGCAGGAGAUAUUCUUCUCAACUCGCCGUGGGACUCGCCUUCUCAACAUGUCUGAUUUUCGCGACCACUCAAGAUCCGGUUCAUGGGACUUCUCUGCAUUUGUGCGCACCUACGCCCUGUAUCUAGAUGAAAGACUUGACUUCAAGAUGCAAAGCCGCCGUGGGAAGCACGGCAAAUUGGGUUUUGAUGAUGAUGUGUAUAAAGAAAGGUUCAUUGAAAGGCAUAGAGAAAGAGGAAGCGAUAGCGAUGGAGACAGAGACAGAGACAGAGAAAGAGUCUACAGGGAUAGAGACAUAGACAGAGACAGAGAAAGAGAAAGAGAAAGAGACAGGGAUAGAGGCAGAGACAGAGACAGAGACAUCGAUAAGGACAGGGACAGGGACAGGGACAGGGACAGGGACAGAGAAGUUGUUGUAAGAUCUACACCAGUUAAAGACAUGACACUGGAUAAACUUUACUACAAGAUGCAUCAUUUACAAUUGCUGCUUGAGAGAUUUUUAGCAUGUCGUCCCACAGGGGCAGCAAAGGACCACAGAAUUGUGAUAGUUGCUCUAUAUCCGAUUGUGAGGGAAAGUUUCCAAUUGUAUUAUGAUAUAACAGAAAUAUUGGGUGUCUUCCUUGAUCGCUUCCCCGAAAUGGAGGCAGUGGAUUGUAGCAAGGUAUAUGACAUCUUCUGUCGUGUUGGAAAGCAAUUCGACGAGCUAGAUGUGUUCUAUAUCUGGAGCAAGAAUAUCGGAAUUGCACGUUUUUCUGAGUACCCUGAGAUUGAAAAAAUCACGCCCAAGAAGCUAGAGAUAAUGGAAGAGUUUAUAAAAGGAAAGCUCGUCUUGCCACAGAACAACCAACAAGAAAAGAAUGAAGUUAAAGCCGCCAAGGAACCGGAACCAGAACCAGAAGAGGAUAUGAAUGCAAUUAAGGCACUACCACCACCAGAAGCAUCCAUUUCUGAGGCACCGGCAAAAGAGGAGCCAAAGAAAGAGCCAGAAGUAGAAAAACCUGUGCAAAUGGAAGCUAAUUUGUUGAAUUUAGGAGACCAAACCAUAACUUGUGAAGACCAGGGAGACAAACUGGCCUUGGCUUUGUUUGAUGGAGCUUUACCAGCAGCAACAGGUGCAACCCAAGCACUUCCAUGGCAUGCAUUCGACGAAGCAGAAGAUUGGGAGACGGCAUUGGUCCAAUCAGGUAGCAACUUAUCGAACCAGAAGCCUGCAUUGGGUGGUGGCUUUGACACAUUAGUGUUGAAUGGCAUGUACCAACGAGCAGAAAUGACAACAUCAAUGCAAGGACCUGGUUAUGGGGUGAGUGGAAGUGCUAGCAGUGUGGCACUUGGUUCAGCUGGAAGGCCUGCAGUGCUAGCAUUGCCAGCGCCACCAACAUCUGGCAGUGGUUUGAGUUCCGGCAGUGUAGAUCCCUUUGCAGCCUCUCUAUCUAUGGCACCACCGUCUUAUGUGCAAAUGUCGGAGAUAGAGAAGAAACAGAAGUUGUUGCUUGAAGAACAAUUAAUGUGGCAGCAAUUUGAAAUGGAUCGUAGCCAAGGUCAAGCUGCAUUCUUGAAGCAGCAGCAUCAACAACAUAAUAAAAAUCCUUAUUUCGGAGGUUAUCCCCAGAAUUAUGGCAAUUAUCAACGUUAAGUAGGUCAAAUUCCCUCACCUUUCUUCUUUGCUGUAGUAAAUAUUGUACUGAUUAGCACAGUUGUUUGCGGGUUUUAUGUUUUAUUUCUACAUUUGGUGGCUGGUUGCAUGUAUAUAUUGUACUAAUAUAAUUAGAACAGAUGUUUCCAUAUUUGGAGAUUUCAAAUAAAUAAGUAAAUAACUAACUAAUGCAGUAGUGGAUUAGUUCAGGAUCCAUUCAUUUAGGCACUCAUUUAAUUAAAUUAGAUAAAGGCAUAAUCGCAUAGAAAGGCAGGCACUUGAAAAGGAGUAUAAAAAGAUGAAUAUUGUAAUCAUUCAAAAAAUGGAAACAAGAGAUCACUAAUAUUAGUAACACUUUUCACAUCUCCCUCACAAAAAAGGUCUUGCAAAAUGAAAAUAUAACUAGGAGAAAUCCAUAGAGAAACAAAA